GUGAGAAACGCCAAACACAGCUCAGAGGAGAAAACAGUCAAAGACGUGAGAACUGGAUAUUGCUCUUGUGAAAUAAACUCUCCGUUGUGGAUCAGUCAAAAUUUAAUCUCUGGAAUUUGCCACAAAAUUCAAAAGGAAGUUCUUGGACUUUAUUGCAUGCACUGGACUCUGGAACAGGAGUGGAGAAAGAAAAACACUGGAAGUCUUUACUAGGUCAUGGACUCUGUUUAAUAGCUCAAAAAUGGAGAGGAAAAUGGGAAAAGGGUGGUGGUGGCUGGGUUUGUGUGUGGUGGGGAUUCUUGCUGCUCCGUGUCGGGGCAGCAGAAACUGUCUGGAAGGGAACACAAUCAGUGUGAUCCUGCUGUAUGAUGAAGUGUCUCCCUGGAGUCUGAAGUUUGUGCGAGGAGAAAUACUGAAAGCCUUAGAGACGGAUACAAACAUUAAUGCUGCCCAAGAUGUGAAGUUUAAUCUCACGGCGAACUACGGCGGGUUAAACACGACCUAUUAUCGACAUAAAGGUUGCCAGAGCAGCGCAUGUGAGGGAGUGGAGGAGAUAAAGAACCUGAUGCAGUCAGAAUCCCUGGGAUGUGCUCUGCUUGGACCCACAUGCACCUUAGCUACUUACCAAAUGUCUGAUGCGGACAAAGGCCUGAAGCUCGGUACGCCCAUCAUCUCGGCUGGAAGCUUUGGUCUCUCCUGCGACUACACAAUCAACCUGCAGCGCCUGCUGCCACCGGCACGCAAGAUUUCUGACUUUUUCAUUCACUUCUGGAGAGACAUCAACCACAUCAAACCUGAAUGGAAGACAGCUUAUGUUUACAAGAAGCAGAUUAACAUGGAGGAUUGUUUUUGGUAUAUUAAUGCACUUGAUGCAGGCAAGUUCCCCCUAAAUAUUAGCAGAACAGUGCUGCGCAGACCAGCAGACCUGAUAAGAGAACUGACAUUAUCCAACAGGACGAGCAACUUGUUCAUCAUGUGUGGAACCCCAAUGGAUGUGAUGGAGGUGAAAAAUGGUAGCCCAGAGGCAGACAGCAGUGAUAUUCUCUUUAUCCUUAUUGAUCUGUACAAUGAUCAGUACUACACCAACACAUCAUCAAUGCCGUUCAUGAGGAACGUGUUGGUGCUGACUAUGCCCAACAACAGAAGCUACAUCAUCAACAAUGACCUGAAAGGCAACAACACGAUGAAUGACUACAUGGCUGCGUACCAUGACUCAGUGCUGCUGAUAGGCCAGGUGAUGAGGGACCUUAUUCAAAACAAUCAGUCGGAGAUUCAGCAGAUGGAGUAUGUCAAUGUGAAUUACUUCAGAGACAUCUCCUUUAAUGGAAUUGCUGGACACUACAAGUUGGACAAGUACGGAGACAGAGACGUGAAUCUCUCAGUCAUUUACACUUCUACCGACAACAAGUACCGACUUUUAUUCACAUUCGACACUGAGAACAACUCCACCAAAGUGGAGGAGAUGGAUCCUGCCUUCAUCUGGGGAAAAAGACUUCCUAAUUUCAAACCAGAACAAGGCCUGGCAACUCAUGACAUCAUUGUCAUCGUGUUGGCUGUUACAGUGGUUGUGGUGGCCACCAUCGCCUUCAUUUUCUACAGACAGAACAGGAGAGAACGUCUGAACAGGAAGCGCUGGUCCCACAUCGCCUCUCACCUCAUCACACCGCUGGAAAACAAUGAACUCAAUGUCGUCUCUCUGAAGAUUGAAGAGGUGAGGAAAAACAAAAAAUUCCAGAUCCGCCGUGCGCACUACGAUAAGAAGAUUGUGAUCCUGAAGGAGCUGGAGCACUCAGAUGGGAACUUUAAGGAGGACCAGAUGAUAGAACUUAAUGCGCUCUUGCAAAUCGACUAUUACAACCUCACCAAGUUUUAUGGAACCGUGAAGUUCGAUGAGGGUGUGUUCGGAGUGUUUGAGUACGGCGAGAGGGGGUCACUCAGGUAUGUGCUGAACGACAAGGUUUCGUACCCAGAGGAGACCUUCAUGGACUGGGAGUUCAAGAUUUCUGUCAUGUACGACAUUGCCAAGGGCAUGUCCUAUCUCCACUCCAGCCAAAUCCAGGUACAUGGUCGCCUUAAGUCUACCAAUUGUGUGAUGGACAAUCGCAUGGUGGUGAAGAUCACAGACUUUGGCUGCAACAGUUUUCUUAGCCCCGGCAGAGACUUGUGGACAGCUCCGGAGCACCUGAGGAAACAGGGCACCUCUCAGAAAGGAGACGUUUACAGCUUUGCCAUCAUCGCUCAUGAGAUUGUUCUCAGAAAGAACACCUUCUAUACUGAGACCUACCACAACCGAGCAGAAAAGCUUGCCAAGGUCAUCAUGUCCUACUUCAGACCUGAUCUUAACUUUGAGACGGCUUCAGAGAAAGAAUUAGAGGUGUACACGUUGAUAAAACACUGUUGGGAUGAGGAUCCUGAAAAAAGACCCGACUUCAAGAAGAUAGAAAACUGUCUGGGGAAAAUCAUCAGUAAAAUUCAUAACCAGGACAAUGAGAGCUACAUGGACAACAUGAUCAGACGGCUACAGAUGUAUUCCAGAAACCUAGAGCACCUGGUGGAGGAGAGAACGGUCCUCUACAAAGCUGAGAGGGACAGAGCAGACUGCCUCAACUUCAUGCUGCUUCCCCGCCCAGUUGUGAAAAGCCUGAAGGAGACUGGUGUGGUGGAGCCAGAGCUGUACGAGGAAGUGACAAUAUACUUCAGCGACAUCGUUGGUUUCACCACUCUGUGCCAGUACAGCACACCGAUGGAAGUUGUGGACAUGCUCAACGACAUCUACAAAGGCUUCGAUGGCAUUGUUGACCACCACGAUGUAUACAAGGUGGAGACGAUUGGUGACGCCUACAUGGUGGCCUCUGGGCUUCCGAACAGAAAUGGGAACAGGCACGCAGUGGACAUCUGCCGCAUGGCGCUGGACAUCUUGGCGUUCAUGGGUACCUUCCAGCUCAGACACCUGCCUGGUAUCCCUGUGUGGAUACGCAUCGGUGUUCACUCAGGUCUGUGUGCAGCAGGUGUCGUGGGGAUAAAGAUGCCCAGAUAUUGUUUAUUUGGAGACACAGUCAACACUGCGUCUCGUAUGGAGUCUACAGGACACCCCCUGCGGAUCCACGUCAGUCAGCCUACUAUAAAUAUCCUGCAGAGGACAGACUGCAAGUUUGAGUAUGAGCUCAGAGGAGAAACAUAUCUGAAGGGUAAAGGCACAGAGACAACCUACUGGUUAACGGGUGAGAAGGGCGAAGACUAUGACCUCCCAACUCCACCCACAACGGAGAACUUCCAGCGGCUCCAACAGGACCUCGCCCACAUGAUCGUGGAGUGUCUGGAGCGGCGCUCUCGAGGCUCUGUGCGGAGGAAGAAGCCGCUCUUGAGUCAGAGCAGGGAGGAUGACAAGGAGCAGGAAUCAGGGGUGGAGUCUGAGAGUGACCAGCUUGAGUACCUGCAUCUGGCCACUGUGGGUAACACCCUCAGUACAUUCCUCUAGUACACGCCUACUGUUGAAUACAUCGCUGACACAAUCUGUAUGUAUGUGAUUACACUAUGCAGUAAGAGAGGGAAGAUAACCAGAAGACAAGAAGGGAAGUAUAUGCAUUACAACAGUAUAACAGUAUAAAUAUAACAACAAGCAGAGAUGUAUAGACUAGUUGGUCAGUUCCAUUUUGUUAAGGCUAAACUGAGGCUAUGAUCAGCAUCAAUGUCUAGACUACAACUUAAUAAUGUUCUUGUAUAUAUCAACAUGUCUCCUGCAUUUUCUUGUGAGGUUCAUUAAUUCAUUUAAAUAUGUAAUUCAUUUGCUGUUUAGUGUAAACAUGGGUCAUAUGCAGCUAAAAGAUAUUGCAGUUAUUAAUUCCCAGUGCUUAAUAUGUCUGUCAUUGUGGAGGAAACUGGUUUGUGUAUCACUGCUGUUAAGCAGGGCGAUAUGAAGGAAUUAACAGGAGCAUAAAAACUAAAAAAAAAAGCAAAGCUCUGGAUGUAGCUUUAUUGUGUCAGGUGUGAAGCAACUCAACAUAAUUGCAAUGAAAGUGUGAGUUUGUGACCUAGUAACCUAUUAGAUCUGGUAUAAAUCUAUAGACCGAAUCACAUUUGUUUACAGUAACUUCCUUGUUUCACAUACAUUAAAAUAAUAAGGUGCUGAGCAGACGCUGCCUCAAUUGGAUAGUCUUAGGCCACCUAAAAAAAAGCCUCACCCUAAAAACAAUCAGUAUGAGUUAAAGUGUUCGCUGUGUUUAAAUGUUUUUACGGCUUUACUUCCCCACCAGACAACCCUUUCCAAUGGGAGACUGAAGUGGUUAUAUCAGAGCCACCAAACUCCACUGACAAACAAUAACCAUUUUACUUCACAGAACACGAGAGUUGCCAGUCUACCGCUGUCUGGAUUUGUAGUGUGUAAGGUAAAGCUGUGAAAAAUAUUCGAAAUAUAAAGUUCACUUAAACUGAUAUUGAUUUUUUUAGGUUGCUACAUUGUUUCGCUUCUGUGCUGGUAAAUUUGAUUUGUCAAAGAUGAUAGCAAUUUACUUAGUUCAUAAAAUAGGCACAGCAGAAGUGUCAGAUAGGUCUGAUCACAGUGUUUAACUAUAUAUAUCUUUAAACGUUAGUUACAGCUGAAAAUCACAACAGAAAUAAUCAUAUGUAUGCUUUAAGAAGGAUCAGCCAAUGAGACAAAAGGAUUUAACUUUUAUCUGCCAUAUUCUUCAUUCUUAAAAAUGUCCUGACAUUUUACUGAGUGAUGUUAUUUUGAUUGAAAGUGUUUUUAAGUUCAUUUUGUUUGUGUAAAAUUUCUAAUAUGUUGAAAUGGAGCAAUGCCAUUAUUCUUGUACUAGUUAUUUUCUAUUCAUAUAUUUUUUUACCCAAAUGACAACUUGACCGCAGCUGCAUCGAGUGCUGGCAAACACAGAUUGAUAUGAGGUGGUUAAGGACAGUGGUUCCCAACUGUUGAGUCACGGUCCAAAAGUGGGUCGUGGGUCCAUUCUGAAUGGACCUCAAGUGACAAGAUUGUAAAAAACACACUUGAUUUUGAAGUACUGUGAAUUUUUUAGCACAGAGCUUUUAUUUUGGAAGUGCUGUUUCAUGUAGGGAGUAACUAACGGACAGCUACUUCACAGAGACAGCAAACUAGCUUGAUGACAUGUCCAAACGCAACUAUGACGCUGAAUGUUGGGAAGCACUGGUUUAGGAGAUAAUUGCUGUCAUGGCUGUACUUUAUAACCAGCUUUGUUAUUUCGUCAUUUUCAAACUAAAUACCAGGGUAUACUGACAUGUGGACUCAUAAUGAGCAUGCCACGGUUGGAACAUCUGCCUUGGCAGAAAAAAAAAUAAAUUCAAAUCUGUAUUUUAAACCAAAGGACAAAGAUUUUAUUUUGUUGAGAAUGGUGACAUUCAUUUACAUUAAAUAAAAAAAUCACUUUCUGUCACAUCUGUUGAAAAUGCUGUAUAUUGUUCAGGUGAAAUACAGAAAUGAAAACAGCGUUUCUCGAAGCCUGUACAGGUUCAUCUGAGGCGUUACAAUGCAUGUGUCACAUUGUUUGACGUAUACAGACACUGAGUAUGGACAGCAGAAGGAAAAAAAAAAACUCCAGCAUCAGAUUAAAAUGUUUUUCUAUCCACA